AUGUUUUACGUGGCGGCUGCGUUGACGUUGGCUGCGGCUGCAGUGGCGGCGACGGCAGAGGCGCCGGAGUUUGUGGAGUUGACGACUUUCAACGUCAACAACAACAACAACAAUAUCGACCACAACAACAACAACAACAACGGCAGCGAGAGCAGUCACGACGACCGGCGACCGACGACCGGGCCACCCGCCUUGGUUGACCAACAACCGCCGCAGCAACAGCAACAACAACAACCACAGCCCAGGAGGUUCAGGCACGAGGCGUCCGCGAUCAGAGUCAUCUAUCAGACAGGGAGCUCGGAGGAAGAGUUGCCGGUGUGCGAAAAGUGGGCGGUGUGCAGCAAGGUGGACAUGUAUCAAUGGCCGUGGGUGGAGAGGCAGUGCAGGUGUCCGCCGGGCGUGCCGCCGUGCUCGCAAAUGCUGUCGCCGGCUGACGGGCACACCAUCACCGACAAAACGAGGCAGUUCAAGCUAUGCGAGCCCAUCAAGAUGUUGCCCAAAUGUCGUUACUUCCGUGACAUGGCGUGGACACUGCGCAGCGAGGGAAAUGGUACGCUGCAGACGGUCCACUGUCACUGUCCCAAGGGUUCGGUCGCCUACCUGCUGAAGCGGCAAGCGUACCAGACCGAGUCUAAACAGAUUGGUUACCAGUACUCGUUCGCAUGCUCCCCGCAGAGCAGGCUCCGGUGCCAGCGUAAAGAACCUUGCAGGCUGUUCACUGUGCGCAAGCGACAGGAGAUGGUGGACGAGGUGAACACCAACACGCUGUGCCAGUGCCCUCCGGAACACGCGUGUCCGUCCCAUCACACGGACGCUGGAGUGAUACAGAGUAAGAACUACUCGGAAGAGAACAUCCGGACGUACAGCGGAUACUGUAUGCAACCAUCGGCCAACUAA